AUGCUGCCAACGACCUCGGCACCAGAACAAGAGUCGCCUGACAGCAAAAGAACUGCCUGGGAGUCUUGGCUUGGAUUGCCAGAGCCGACUCCGACGCUCCUAGCGAUGCAACACUUGGCAAGAACUUCGUUAGCAAGGCGUAUAAUUGACAGUCCGUCUUGGCUCGGCCGUGCGAAGAAGGCAUUGGAAGAUGCUAUAGAACCAUACAGCAGCAGUGGUCAGGCUGAAAAGGAGCCGAAACCACCGAGCACUCCCGUGCCAAGCGUCCCACCAUUUGCACUGCCAAAGAAGACCAAGACAAUUCAGUUCGUGGAAGACGAGAUUGCCGCUCACGAGGCAGAGGAAGUCCCGCUUCGCGAGAAUCGUAACACCGCCGACCGGACCCCGUCUUGGUUGAGCCGUGUGAAGAAGACAUUUGAGGAUGUUAUAGAAGGCGACGCAGAUGACGAUGGGCUGGUGCUUCCAGUCAAAGAGCCACGACCUCAGCAGUAUAGGGCCAGCAUGGAUGCAAUUCUGACAUCGUAUAGUGGUCCGAACGCUAUCGCUCCAACUGGCCCGCCGCCUCGAGCGAAGCAACGACGUGAGUAUGCUGGCUCAGGUCCGGCCACUUCGAGUGUCCCAGCAAUCAAAGUAACAUUACCUGAAGGCGAGGACCUCACUGACAUUGAAUCUCAGGAAAGCCCAACUAUAGCAGAGACACCGACAUCGAAAGUGGAGACUGCAACGCCUCGUCCCUCGUCGUCGUCCACCGAUUCCUUCGAUGCAAUGUUCGCGCAGUGGAAGCUCGAUUGGAAAGUCCCGGAAAGUGAGAUUGAGAAGAAGAUUCUUACUCGCAAGCAGUAA